AUGCACGCCAAGUACGGGCCGGUGGUGCGGCUCUGGCUCAACCCCGUGAGGCUGCUCAUAUCGGUGGAGGACCCGCAGCAGGUUCGCAACGUGCUCAUGCACGCGCGCGAGCGGUCGCCGCUGUACUGCCGCGUGAUUGAAGCGUGUCUCGGGAAGAACUCCGCUUGCUUUUCCACCUUCAUCCAGGCAAGUUCCACGAAACUUUCUGUCAGACAGGCUGUCUCACGGGUUCAGCUUUUAACUCCUCCCUCCUCCCGCCUUCUCUCCCGCUGCUUCCAGCCUCGCGCGCGGCGGUCGUUUCUCGACUACCACUGCCACACCACUCUCAAGUUCCAGGUGCACGAGGUGGCGUGCCGUGUGGCUGACGUGACCGCGCGCGAGUGGGGCGCGCUCUCCGCGUCUGGCGGCGAGCUGGACGUGACGCAGGCGUGCAAAGACAUGGUCGUCGGCGUUCUAGGAGGCUCCUUAUUCGGCCCCGCGUUUCCCGACUCGGACUUAAAGGACCGCGUUGCCAGCGACUUGGAGUUUUUCGCGCAUUCCGUGCAGGAUUUCGCGAGCUUUGGUUACCUUCCGGUGUGGCUGCCGGCAUAUCGGAAGCUGAUGAGUGUAGCGGAGGACUAUAGAGGGGCGAUCCACCAGCUUGUAUCGGGUACGUUUGCCAAGGACGUGAAGCAGCAGAGGAGGGGACAUGGCGAGGGGUCCGAGGAAGGAGGAGCGGGAGAAGCUGGUAGCGGCAGUGGUGGUGGGGAGUCCAAGGGAUCAGAGGCCGAGACCAAACAGGAGCAGCAGCAGGAGCAACAGCAGGAGACACAGCAGCAGGAACAGGAGCAGCAGCAGCAGCAGCUGUUAAGGGAGAGUUUCCUCUCAGCAAUGCUAGCAGAGCGCUCCGCUUUAGGCCAACCCGUUUACACACAAGAGGUCGCUCAGACAGAGGCAGCAGCACUCAUGUUUCACGGGUACCUCCUCGUGCCUGCGCUCCUGAAACGCGUGCUCGUGUGCCUGUCGCUACACCCUGAGGUGCAGGACCGAGUGUUCCGGGAGAUCAGAGCUGUAUGCGGUAACGAGGCGCCUAAAGACGAGGAUUUACUGCGGCUGGAUUACCUGAAUGCGGUGAUAUACGAGGCAGCGCGGUGCAUGCCGGUUCUCCCCAUGCUCACACGCGCUGCUGUGAACGAAGAUCUAUGGCUGUCUGCGCCCAGCAGCAGGGAAGAUCAACGGCUGUCCGCUCCCAGUGGCAGUGGCAGUGGUGGCAGUAGCGGCUCCAGCGACGGCGGUGGUGGUCUUGGCGUUUCUAGAGGGGGGGAAACGGGUGGUGGGGGAAACGGUACUGAGGGAUCCAAUACCGGGGAUGGAGUGGGUGGUAACGGUGGGAAUGGCGGCAGUGGUAGCAGCUCUUUCCACUUGGUACCGUCUGGGGCGAUUAUAGCCUUGCCAGUGUACCAGCUACAGCUGAACCCAGCCCUGUGGGGAAGCGACGCAGCAAAAUUCAACCCUGAUAGAUUCAUCCACUUCCGCUGGCAACGGGAUACCCGCGUGGGCGCGGGCCUAGGCUCAAUGGCUCACCGAGAGGGGACGCAUGGGAUCCUAGGAGCGGGGAUCGGGCGGCAAGGCGAGGAGGGCGGGAGAAAACCAGAGGAAGCAGCGGGUGUGGGUGGUGCGAGUGGUGCGAGUCCGUGGAGGGAGGGGAAGAUGGUCCCUGGGCAUGACUAUGAGUUUGUGGCGCCAGAGCCGGGGCCGCAGUUCCUCAUGUUUGGUGCGGGCGCUCGGUCGUGCGUGGGGCAGCGGCUGUCGCUCAAGAUCAUCCGCGCUGCUGUCGCCAUUCUGCUGCACCGAUUCGAGUUCUCCAUGUCGCCAGACAUGCCCGAGGAGUUUCAGACGCGUCUAGAGUUCAUGGUGCUGCACCUGCACCCCACGCCGCGCCUCAAGCUUGCUCUUCGCUCCUAG